AUAUCUUCUCUAUCUAUGGUCAUGAAUAAUUAAAAAAAAAAGCAGUCAGGCAGUCAUUAGUUUAAUAUACUAUUAUAUUGUUUCGGGUUUAAUUUGCCUAUUACUUUUUUAUACAUUUUUCUUUCGUUUUCACUUUUUAUACAUAGUUAAAGAGUAUAUAACCGAGGUAAAUACAUAGUUCGGUAUAGUCUCUUUAAUCUGUAAUUCUAUCUAAAAUUAACUGCAAAUGCAAAGUUCCAAAAACUGAAUCUUUAAUAUCUGGUUUGUUUAUUUUUAAUUAACAAUGCCAUUACCUCCAGCUUUAGCUGCUCGACUAGCUAAAAGAGGUAUUUUAAAACCGAAUUCCACCCCAGACUCCAGCAAUGAGCAGCUACAAACUCAAGCUAACGAAGAAAUUAUAGCGGAAGAUUACGAUAAUAAACCUGAAGAUCAAAAUAAUAAGGAACACUUCUGGGCCGGCAUAGAAGGCGUGAAUGUUGAUCCCAUUAAGGGCCACAAGGGUUGCCCAAAUAAAAGUAACAUUUAUCACGAAUGUUCUAAAUUUUGCGUUAAAACUUGGAAGUUAGGCAAGCUUACACCUGAUGAAACAUAUUUGGAGAAUAAGCGAAAAGUUUUAGAGCGAUGGCCGUUACCGCCCGGGUGGGAAGAGGUAUAUGAUGAAGGGUGUGGUCAACAUUACUUUUGGAAUGUUCAUAACAAUUUAGUAUCCUGGUUGCCACCAUCCCAUCCUCGAGCACUUCCUAGUGAGAGUGCUGCACAUUUACGAGAAGAGCGUUUAUUAAAAGAAGGUGACGAGAGUGACAACUCUAGUGAAGAUUCUGAUCAAGAAGUACCUCAACAAUCAGUGAAAGAAAAACGACGAGAUCGUCAUCAAGAAAAAGAAGUACAUAGAAGGGAUCGAAAACGACCAAAAAAUAAGGAUAAUGAUUUAGAUCCAAUGGAUCCUGCUGCAUAUUCAGAUAUUCCCAGAGGUAAUUGGGCAGCUGGACUAGACACACAUGCCAAAACAGGAGUAGACACUACAGCUUCAGGCUCCAUAUAUCAAAUGAGACCAUAUCCCGCACCAGGGGCUAUACUUGCAGCCAAUGCUAAACAGAAGUCACCACCGCAAACACCUUAAUAAUAAUAAAAGUUUCUAAAUUGUAAUAAUUCCACACAAUCAGUCUAAGAAUUUAGAUUGAAAGUAGCUAUUUAAUAUUAUAAUUUUAUUACUAUAAUAAUAUUGUUUACUCAUACCA